AGAAAAUCGGAUGCGCAAACCACUAGUCAAGAAAGCACUCCAAGCGUGAGCGAGAGAAAAGAGAAGAGGACACCAAGGGGCCUCCAAUGAGAUAGCGCCACGUCAAAAAUACCCUACCGGAAAAAGCCAUUUCUUCAUUUCUCCAUUUCAUCAAGUGACAGAGACAGACGAAAGAAAACUGCUCUGUAUCAGUAUCAACUAUCAACCCAUCAGACGCAACGCAGCAGCGCAACAAUGGCUGCCCGAUAUAGAAAAUCAGUGCUCAACAGCUCUUGAUCUCUCACCCCCCUGCUUGAACUGAUUAACCCACCCUUCAUCUGCUUCUGGUUGUUCUUCUCUCUCGCUCGCCGCCGGUAAUCGUUGCCCAGGGGGUUUGGUUAGGGUUUUCUAGUCAUGGGCUCAGUUGCCGGCAGUAAAUGGGACGACGACGACGACGGCGAGUAUUCCGUCAUCGGGGACAAAGGCGAAAUCGGGUUCAUCGAUUACCAGGAAGACAGAUCCGUCCUCAAUUACGACCCAACGGAGGAAGGCCCCGUCGUGAUCUCCGUCCCGUUCCCCAUGCACGACGGGAAGCCGCAGUCGGUCUCCGUCGGAGAAACAGCCGCCGCUCCCAUCACCAUUCGGAACACCACCGACGAAGCCGUCGAGCUGUGGACCAAAAUCUACGCCUCCACGCCGGUGGAUUCCUUCCAGCUCUCCCUGAUGGAGCCGCCGCCUCCCUCCGCCGGAAAUGUUGCUGCCGGCGGAUUCCUAGGGUGUUUUGCUAUGGAGGACAGAAUGAUCCAGCCCGGCGAGACGCUGAAAUUGUGGCUGUCCUGUAAACCGCAGGAGAUCGGAAUGUACACCUCCGUCGUCCAUUUCGACGUGUCCGGCGACAGGAUUGAGAGGGUGGCCUUCAUCCUGGCCGAGGAUAAGAUAUCCCAGUCCUUGGCUUCCAGGAAGCCAUACUCGAGAACUGUGAAGAAGAAUCACUACGCCGUCACUGAAUUCGUCAAGGGCACGAAUCCUAGGAGAGCUGCGGGCAGGCCGGUGAAGAAGAGGCUUCCCAGGUACGAGAUUCCAAAGGAGAUGAGAGAAAAGAUUGAGAACAAGGAGAUACCUGAAGAGGUCACCUCAGGUCUAAGUAGAGAGAACUAUGCUGAGUACUUCAAGACACUGUUGAUCAUGGAAGAAAUACAGUUGGAGGAGGAUAUGAGGGCUUACGAUAUGGAGCGGGUUGUAAUGAAGAAGAGAGGGAGCUUUCUUUCGCUCGUGGUGCCAGGGCUCGCUGAGCGAAGGCCUUCUCUCGUCCAUGGAGAUUAUAUCUUCGCAAAGCCUGCACAUUCAGAUGAAUCCAUUGUCCCUUAUCAGGGAUAUGUACACCGAGUCCAGGCUGAUGAAGUGUAUUUGCAGUUCAACCCACAGUUUCACUUGAGCCACUUGGAUGGGAAUCUAUAUGAUGUGCACUUCACUUACAACAGAGUCAAUAUCAGGAGACAGUAUCAAGCCAUUGAUUCAGCUCGAGAUUUGGAAACCGAGUUCCUAUUCCCAUCUGAGGCCCUUGAACAUAGGCUUAUUCAACCACAGUCUCUGAUCCCUAUAGCAAGAAAUAUCAACGAGGAGCAGAAGUCUUCAAUAGAGAUGAUUCUCGGGUGUACAGGAGGUCCUCCAUAUGUCAUUCAUGGUCCGCCAGGUACAGGCAAAACCAUGACUAUAGUGGAAGCGAUACUUCAGCUUUAUAGAAGCAGGAGAAGUGCUCGGAUUCUUGUGUGUGCACCGUCAAACAGUGCAGCAGACCAUUUGCUGGAUAAGCUUCUCUCCCAGGAGGCUUUUAGUGUUCGUGAGAACGAGAUAUUUCGCCUGAAUGCAACAGCCCGUUCGUUUGAUGAGAUUAAACAAGAUCACAUACGGUUUUGUUUUUUUGAUGACCAUGUCUUCAAGUGUCCUCCAUUUGGUGCCCUCUCUCGGUACAGGAUCAUCAUAUCGACAUAUAUGAGUGCUAGCCUUCUUUAUUCUGAAGGGAUUAAUCGAGGUCAUUUCUCCCACAUUUUCUUGGAUGAGGCGGGGCAAGCUUCAGAACCAGAGAGCAUGAUUCCAAUUUCCAACCUUUGCCAGAAAGACACGGUUGUUGUUCUGGCUGGAGAUCCGAUGCAAUUGGGUCCGGUGAUACUCUCCCGAGAUGCUGAAUCAUUUGGACUUGCCAAGUCAUACUUGGAGAGGCUUUUCGAAUGUGAAUCUUAUUUAGGAGAUGAAAACUAUGUGACGAAGCUUGUUAGGAACUACCGCUGCCAUCCAGAAAUUCUGUAUCUGCCUUCAAAGCUAUUUUACAAUGGAGAGUUGGUGGCUUGCAAAGAUUCUACUGAAAGUUCGACUUCUUUGCUAAAACUGCUGAAUUUCAUCCCCGGCAAUGAGUUUCCUACAAUCUUCUUUGGUAUUCAAGGGCUUGAUGAAAGGGAAGGAAGUAAUCCAUCAUGGUUCAAUCGAAUUGAAGCAAGCAAGGUAGUUGAGGUGAUCAGGAAGCUGACGACUUGUGGAAAUCUGAAUGAGGGUGACAUUGGAGUUAUUACCCCUUAUAGGCAGCAAGUUACCAAGAUAAAGAAGGUCCUGGAUGACUUGGACAUGACAGACAUCAAGGUUGGAAGCGUUGAACAGUUUCAGGGGCAGGAAAAGCAAGUCAUUAUAGUGUCUACUGUUCGAUCGACGAUUGUGCACAAUGAGUUUGACAAAGUCCACUAUUUGGGAUUCUUGAGUAAUCCAAGGAGGUUCAACGUUGCAAUAACCCGUGCUAUAUCUUUACUUAUCCUUAUUGGAAACCCACAUAUCAUCAGCAAGGAUGAGUACUGGAAUAUGCUCUUAUGGCGCUGCUCAGACCAUGAGUCUUACAAAGGCUGUGCUCUUCCAGAAAGGCAGGAUCACAGCGAUGGGUAUGGAGUGCAGGAGAAUGGUGGUGACUAUGGUGAAAGAAACAGCCAUCUGGCCUCUGGAGAAGAAGGUGAAUGGGGUCAAGACUCAUUAUCACAGGCUAGUACUCGAGCAGCAGAUGUAGGUGCAUGGGUUCAAGACUCGUAUCAGGCCAAUGCUCAAGUUCCUGGGACUGAUGAAGCUGAAUGGUCCGACGGUUGGAAGUAGUCAAGUAAAAUGUGUUCUAAUCUAUGUUCUUAGGGCAGUAAACUACCUCUAGCUCUACUCAGAAUCCUCAGAUGUCUUUUUGUCAAUUCCCCUAGUAAGUAUGCACUCAGUGCCAUUCACAUGGCAAAUCACUAGAACUUGUGGAAAUUUAUUCAGCAUUGUCGAGUUGAUCCAAAGAAUGUCCAGACCUUUAUUAGCAAAAGAGUAUGUGAAACAUACAGAUGAUGCAAAACUCAUUGGCAUAGUACUUAUUCAGCCUCAUGAUAUAUGCAAUGAUCAGGAAAUGAAACAACAGGAAGUAGUAGCUAUGCACUGCAGAGAUUACAUGUCAACAAAGUGGCACCAAAUGUCAAGAAACAGACGGGAUAAACUCAUCUGGUAGAGCAUUAGAUGAGUGAUAGUAGAAUCAGAAGGGCUGCUGCUACCUGGAGAAACCAAGUCUUGCUGGAGCCAACAUCUGCAGCCAUUGAAUAAUCCGGUUCUGUUGAACAAUCUGUAGCCAGGACUGGAGGAGGACUAGCUGCAGUGGAUGAUGGAGGGGGACGUUUGCCAGAUUGAGCAGGUUGGGCCAUUGGUGGAGCAGGUGGCGCCAUUGGAGGAGCAGGUGGCGCCAUUGGAGGAUGUGUCACAUUGUGAAGAACUGCAGGAAAUUCGAUCAGAUGCUACUAUACUAUCGUCUGAAGCCAACAAUUACUAUAUAGACAUGGAAGAACCAAGAACAUAAAUUUCUUCUGUACCAGAUAUAAUAGGAACUCGAGCAGAUUCAGUGGGUGGACUUGAUGCAGCAGAUGUAUCAUUAUCAUAACCUGCAAAAGUAUUGCGUAAAUUAUGAUACCCAAAAAUAGGCUAAUCGGUGAAAUCUGUAUGCUAAACUCAGAACGUGAAUUACUUUACCAGAAUCAGAUGAUCUCGGCGCCCCUAGUGAACCAUGCGAGCUGG